AUGACAGCCCUCACCGCUUCGAGCGACCCCUUCGGCCAGAGCCUCAAGGAUCUGACCCUAAUCGCGCUGAGCCUCGCUUUCUUGCCAUUUAACACAGCCCUGCUCUUCACAUGCUAUGCGUGGCAGCGCCUGCGACCCGGCCGGGCUUCCGAAGGCGCUCCCAGCACUGCAGACUGGCCUCCCUCGCAGCACCGCAAGACCAUCCUCGUCACCGGCGUCGGUAUGACAAAGGGCCUUGUCCUGGCACGAUUGUUCCACAAGGCUGGCCAUCGCGUGGUUGGAGCCGAUUUCUCCCCCUAUGCCUGCGGCAGCCGGUCCCGCGCCCUGUCCGCCUACCACGUCCUCCAGAAGCCCGGCCGCGGAAGUUCUGACUCAUACCUCGACUCGGUGCUCAGCAUCGUCGGCCGGGAAAAGGUCGAUCUAUGGGUUAGCUGCUCAGGUGUCGGCUCUGCUGUCGAGGAUGGCAUCGUCAAGGAGGUCCUCGAGGCCCGCACCAGCUGCAGAGCCGUACAGUUUAACGUUGCCACCACCAGGAUCUUACACGAGAAGGACUCAUUUAUGGACCACACGCGGGAGACCGGGCUGCACGUGCCGGAGUCCUACCUCGUCACCAGCCGCAACGGGAUGAUCGCCGCACUCGAGGGCGCCGCGGGGCUAUCGUACAACCUCGACAGGGAGGCCGCCAAGCCGAACAAGGAGAGGAAGCCGCGCUUCAUCGCCAAGUCGGUGGGUGUCAACGACAGGGGCCGUGGCGACAUGACGCUGCUGCCGCUGCCGACAGAGAAGCUGACGUACGACCACGUUUACCGCCUCGAGUGGCUGGGGCUAUCAGACAAGGAGCCCUGGUUGCUGCAGGAGUUCGUCGACGGCCACGAGUUUUGCACCCAUUCGCUCGUGGUGCGCGGCGAGGUGCGGGCCUUCGUGGCGUGCCGCUCGGCGGAGCUGCUGAUGCACUAUGUUGCCCUGCCGCCAGACUCGUCGUUGUCGAGAGCGAUGCUUGAGUUCACGAGGAAGCAGGCCGCCUCUUUCGGGGAGGGCUUCACGGGCCAUCUGAGCUUCGACUUCAUGGUGACCAACACGGACGUGGCCAUGGCCAAGAUGAGCGAACCCGAGCAGCUGGUACUGUAUCCUAUCGAGUGCAAUCCGCGAGCGCACACGGCCGUCGCGCUGUUCGGGGACACCCCGGACUUGGUGGGCCAGUAUCUCGCUGUCCUACACGAUGACGAGUCCUCGGACAGGUCAGAGACCGAUGUGGUGACGCCGCGAAAACCGGCCAAGUAUUACUGGAUCGGCCACGACCUCUUUACGCUCUUCCUGCUCCCCACGGUGCGACUACUACUUUUCCAAAUGUCGUUGGCGGCGUACAGCCGGUCGGUGUGGGCGUUUGCCGAGCACCUUCUUUUCUGGAAGGACGGCACUUUUGAGCUCUGGGAUCCGCUGCCGGCUUGGUGGCUGUAUCACGUCUACUGGCCCAUGAUGUUCUGGGACUGCAUAGUCAGCAGAAGGAGCUGGAGCCGCAUCAACGUCAGCACGACAAAGAUGUUUGAGUGUGACUGA